AUGGAGGUUGCAACGGGAGCACUGGGCACCCUGAUCCCCAAGCUUGGCCAGCUACUCCAGGAUGAGUUCAAGCUGCAGAAGGGAGUCAAGAAGGACAUCGAGUUCCUCUCAAGGGAGCUCGAGAGCAUGCAUGCUGCCCUCCGCGGUGUUGGCGAGGUGCCACGAGAAGAACUCAAAGAACAGGUAAAGAUUUGGGCGCGCGAUGUCAGGGAGCUGUCCUACGACAUGGAAGACAUCGUCGACACCUUCCUAGUGCGCGUCCAGGGCCCUGAGCUCCCUAGCAAAAGGAGCGCAAAGAGGUUCAUGAAGAAGAUGAUGGAUAUUGUCACAAAGGCUACAACUCGCCAUGAGAUCGGGCAAGAGAUCAAGGACAUCAAGGAGCGUGUCAAGGAGGUGGCCGAGCGACGCGACAGGUACAAGGUUGAUGCUAUUAAACCUGCCAAAACAUUGGUUGACCCUCGCAUAACAGCGCUAUACACUAAGGCUACAGAUCUUGUCGGCAUUGAUGAUCACUACAAGAAAUCUGUUGAUCUAUGA